AGAGAGAGAGAGAGAGGAGAGAGAGGGAGAGACUCGCCGAGGGUGAUGUCAAACCAGCUGAGCUCAGAAAGUAAACAGAGCUCCGAGCAGCAGCAUGCUUUCAGCGCCACAGCAGCAGCGGUGGCCAGGACAGCCCCUCGGGGGGACCCGAACACUUGCGCACACACGCCGGGGCCCCUGCGGCCGGCUCCGCAACACACUCUUCAUCACCUCCGUCCUCAUCCUCUGCCUGCUGGUCUCCCAGGGGAGCGCUUGGCCCCUCGACUACAGGUGGCUAUACCCACAGUGUCCGGGGCCGGAGUGGAGUGCCAUGUGCCGUGGCUGCUGUGAGUACGAGCUGAUCCGCUGCAAAUGCCCCUUACAGGGGACGCCAGUGGGCUAUGCAGUGCCCUGCUGCCGCAACGCCCUCAACGAGUGUGAUCCCUGCAUUAUACACCCAGGCUGCAGCAUUUUCGAGAACUGUAAGCGGUGCUACAAUGGAACGUGGGGACCCAGAGAUGACUUCUUUAUCCGGGGGAAAUACUGUUCCGAGUGCCGGCCUGGGUGGUCGGGUGGAGACUGCCUGAAGUGUGGUGGUGUGCUGAAGAAACGACAAGGCCACAUCGUGCUGGAGGCCUACCCCAACAACGCCCGCUGUGAGUGGACGCUACAGGUUGAUCGGCCUUUCGCCAUCGAGUUCAGGUUCAUGAUGCUCAGUCUGGAGUUUGACCACAGCUGUCGCUAUGACUACGUGGAGGUGCGAGACGGGGACAGCAUUAACUCUCGCGUGAUUGGUCGGUACUGUGGGAACGACAGGCCUCCUCCAAUUCUAAGCUCAGGAAACACCCUGCACAUCCUGUUUGUCUCCGACGGUUACAAAAACUUUGACGGCUUCUUCGCUACUUUCCAGGAGAGCUCAGCCUGCAGUUCCUCACCAUGUCUUCAUGACGGCACCUGUGUUCUGGACUCCUCCCUCUCCUACCACUGCGCCUGUUUGGCCGGCUACACUGGCAAGAGGUGUGAGCAUGUGUUGAUGUGUGGGCGGCCCAUGAUGCCCCUCUAUGGCGAUGCUGUGAGCCUCGAUGUGAGCGUCGGCGGGCACGUCGUCUACCGAUGCCACCCGGGGUACCAGCUGCAGGGCUACCACAUCGCCACCUGUAUGCUGGAGGGCACCUGGAGCGCCCCCCCUCCACAGUGUGUGCCUGUGCAGGAGAGGACCUGUCCAGUCCCACCCAAGCCCACCUAUGGGGACCACUUCCUGGUGUAUGGCCCAGGAGACGAGCUCAUUGCCCUGCAGUACCUCUGCUAUAAGCCCUACAAGCUGAGCGGGAUGCAGCAGAGGACGUGCCUGGCCAAUGGCACCUGGAGCGGGACAGCGCCCUCCUGUGUUAAAGUUCUGAGUCCUGCGCCCCCGCCAGAUGAGGAAAAAGAGAAAGAGGCGAAAGAGAAAGAGACGGGCCAAGGCAAACAUCCCUUCGGAAAAGACACCAAAGAUACUGAUGACUCCACAAAUAUGGUCAAAGAAAAGGGUCCCGAAAAAGAAGAAAAAGGACUGGACAUAGAUCAAGACAUCCAGAUAGUCAUUUUCAAGGAGCCUGGUCAAGAUGAAGACAAAAAUGUGAGUGUGGACGCAGGCAAAGACCCCCGCAAGGACGUGGACAAAGACCCGGACAAGGACGUGGACAAAGACCCGAAUGUGGACACAGUAGGACCAAAGGAUCCGACCAUAAGUGUCCCUAAAAACACUAGCAAAGAAAGCACAGACGAUAUCAACACGGUCCAGGAGAAAGACCCUGAGCUCAAGAAAGAUUUAGACAAAGGUCUGGAUAAGGAUGUGCAUACACAUGUGUAUGUGGAUAAAGGAUCGGAGAAUGUUCUUAUCAUAAAAGAUCUCCGUCCUAAAAACACAAGUAAAGUCAAGGAAGACAAUGUCAAUACAGUGGAGGAGAAGACGUCUGAAGGAGACAAAGACCUAGGAAGGGGUCUAGAUAAGGACUUGCAUCCAGACAAAGGAGUUUUGGGCGCCCCUAAAGACCCGGUCGACAACCUGGGCAGAGACAUUGAAAUAGUGCUGCUGUCUGAAAAGGGGAAAACCAGCGUGUCCAAAGAUGUUCUGAUACACACAGAGUACAACCUUGAGAAAGACGUGAACGUGCAGCAGCGCCGGUCCCCACCACCUCCCAAGACAAGUGACAACGACCUGGAUGCCGAACCGAGCAGUAACGCUACGGAUGUGAUCAGCUCCAAUGACAUCGAGAACAUCGACAAAUCAGCUCCUCCUGAACUAGACAGAAAACAAUACCCAGUCGGAGGUAAUAUUACAGAGAUAUCCUCUCCGGGCACGACAGAGCAGGGUGGGACAGGCUCCCACGCCAAGGGAAGUGAGGACUCGGAGAUGGGGCCAGAUGCGGACUCAGACGCAGACUCAGAGGAGCACCCUGCAACAAAGCCAAGCGCUAACCCUACACGACUUCCCACAGUGACAGACGGGUUGGAAAUGGAGAAAGACAUCAAAGGGGAUUGGAAGAGCGGGCCCGACAACAAGAGCGUCACUGAUAGGAAGAAGUGUCCUCCUCCCCCUCGUCUCUGUCAUGGCUACUGGGAGCUGGUCCCGGGUCUGUCUCCAGAGACGGUGGAGUUCUUCUGCAACCACUCCUAUGCCCUGAGUGGCGCUGCCCGCCGUUCGUGCCAACCAGAUGGCUCCUGGAAUGGUACCCAGCCCAUCUGCAUGAGAGCCUGUAGAGAGCCAAAGGUGUCUAAUCUGGUGAGACAGACUGUCCUGCCUCCACAGGUCCUCUCCAGGAAAACCCCAGUGCACAAGCUGUACUCCUCAGCCAGUUUGGGCAAGCCUUUCGUCUCUGCUGCCCCCACCAGGAGCCCGCAGGUACUGCACCAGCUGCCCCCAGGCUUCCACCCCCUCUACACGCACAUCCAGUACGAGUGCCUCUCGCCCUACUACCAGCACUCGGGCAGCUCCCGUCGCACCUGCCUGAAGACGGGCAAGUGGAGCGGGCGCCAUGUCUCCUGCUCACCAGUGUGCGGAAAGAUCUCGAACUUUGAUCCCCAGUCGCCAAGGGAGAUUCACUGGCCCUGGCUAGUGGCCAUCUACCGACGCUCAGUUCCGGGCUCCGGUGGCAAGAUGGGCGUGGUGGGCAAGGCUGGCAAAGGGCUGGCAGGGGGCGGCACAGAGGACGUGUCUGGGUCUGAGGGCUGGCAGCUGGUGUGCAGCGGGGCACUGGUCAACCAGCGCAGCGUGGUGGUGGCUGCCCACUGCGUCACGGAGCUGGGAAAGCUCUACCCGCUGGACGCUGCCAAAGUCAAGGUGGUGCUAGGGAAGAAGUUCCGCAGCGAUCAGAGGCACACGAAAGGCCUGCAGCACCUCAGGGUGGCCUCCAUUGCCGUCCACCCCAGUUAUGACCCCCUGCUUCUGGACGCAGACGUGGCCGUGCUGAAGUUGCUGGACAAGGCUCGCAUCGGGGAGUACGUGCUGCCCAUCUGUCUUCCUGAGGCCACGGGCCCUGCCAUGGAGGAGGAGGAGGAGGCGACGAGGGUGAAGCAGGCGGUGGUGACGGGCUGGUCUCUGCUGGCGGAGCCGUGGGGGGGCGAGGGGGAACAGGCGGGGGCAGCGAUGGAGGCGGAAGAAGAACGAGCAAGAGUGGGGCGCGUGCAGCUGGGGUCGGACGCGGUCCAGUGCGAGCGGCAGUACGCCCGCAACGGCAUGCCCAUCAGCAUCACCGAGAACAUGUUCUGCGGUCGCCAGCAGGCCGACGCCAGCCCCUCACGCAUCUGCCCCGCCGACACCGGGGGCAUCCUGCUCCUGCCCGCGCCCACCCCGGUACCCUCCCCUGGUGGGGGCGACUCGUCCAUCCUUCUCCUGGAGGAGGAGGAGGAGCAGAACAGGAAGCUGCGCGUCUGGAGGCUCCUGGGACUGGUCAGCUUCGGCUACGACCAUCCCGAGUGCAACCCGCAGCUCUACACCGUCUACACACGUGUGGCCAACUUCAGAGACUUUAUUGAGAGCAACAUGAAAUAGAUUGCCUUCUCUCCCUUUAUCCCCAAACUCAUUCACUCAAUCUCUAGCUCACAUACACCUCACUUCAUUAGAUCGCUCAGGUGAGUUUUCUCCAGCGUACCUCUCCGUCAUUCUCAGUUAUAUCCAUUCGUACCGUAACAUAAUGUGUUUUCUGACAGAAAAAGAUCAGAUAACACUUGAUUGUGCAAUAGCCUGAGAUCUCGGAGGGCGUCCAUUGGUUUAGACCUCAAACAACCAGUAGGUGGCAUUCUCUGAUUAUUUUCAGCAGAUGUUUGAGUUCAUCCAGGAUCAUAGAUUUUGCAAUCCUCCAGGAUGCCUGUUAACUUUGAAAUGUACAUAUACUGUAUUUUAAUGUAUUAUUCCAAAUUGUAAACAUGAAAAAGGUGUAAAUAUUGUGUUAAAUGACAGAUAGGUCCUAAUGAUCUUUAAAUAAAAUUAUGAGUGUACUAAAUAGGAACAACAGCCUGGGACUAAAUGCUCUUCUGCUCUUCCACACGGUUUAUCCAGGAGAUGGUCUUGUUACCCUACUCUCAGUAGACUGCAGUAUUAACAAAGCCCCACUAGAUGGAAGUGCUGCUCCUCAAACAGCCCGAGCAAGGCCCUGCAUCAAGAGAGAAGCAGCUGUACAAUUGUGUUGUGUUUCCCCUUAAAGCAAAGACUUUUCAUUUAAGUACAUGAUUUUAAAAAAAUACUGUAAAUAAGUGUAUGGAAAAACCCUGUGACCUUGAAAUGCUGUAUUGGGGACGGGUGGGCAAAUUGGCAGCAUGAAAAGUGUCAACACAUAGUCAAGUCAAGUUUCUUCAUUUAGCACAUUUCACAGAUUCAGAUACACAGAUUCAUUCAACGUAACCUGGCUCCGCCCGUCUCAUUUCACUUCAGAAAAGAAGCGUAGUCUGGUUCACGAGGCAUUCAAUGUGCUUUUACAUAAACAAAAGCAAACAGUAAUAGCAAAUGAUGGCAUAGAACGGCAAUAGUCAAAUAAUAGUUUAAAAAAAGUAUAAAAAAGAAAAAAGAAAACAUAAAACACACAAGGUAAUAGUACAUAAAAUCAUAAAAGGGCAAUUGUUUAAAAAUGUUAACAAAGUUAUAAUUAAAAGACAUAAAAAAAACAAUAUAGAAUGAAUAAAAGACAGUGCAAAACAACAAAUUACUGGAACACUACCAACAACUUACUGGUAACCUGUGUGCUUUAUAGUGUCCUAGUCAGCCAACAACUUAACCUGUGUGCUUUAUAGUCUCCUAGUCAGCCAACAACGUAAUUCAGUGACAGUGAGCCUAGUCAAACACCCAAUGAACAACAGCACUCUAUAAUAUAUAUUAUGGAGAUUCUUGAAGUAGCCCCAAACAUUUUUUUUUCCUUUCAGGGCCAAAAAUGCCCGACCAAUAGGGCCCGAUAGUCCCAUCAAGGGCUCACUUGGAAAAGAGGCUAUUGUCUCAAUGUGACUACCCUGGUUAAAUAAAGGAUAAAUACAAUUCUUUAUUUGUUUCUUUCUUGCUCUCUCUCUCUGUCUAUCUUUUCUGAAACUACCAUCCAAUGUUGGAACUUGCUGAACAUGCAUUGCUGAAAUCAGUAUUGAUUCAGAGGUAACGUUCUACACCCUUCAACAGAUAUAGCUGAGUCAGUGCCAAGUUGGAGAGAUAUUGUACAUAGCCUACUGAACAUACUGUAGGAUUUCAGCAUCCACGCUUGAGCCACAAAUAAACUAUAUUUUUAUCUUAGGUGGUCUACAUGUUAAUGGGUUUAGGAUGCAUAUAACAGUGAACAUUUACACCUCAAUACUGUAUGUUGACCAUGAUUACUAUCUAUAUUACAAUGUUUCAAACUACAUGUACUGUACUUAAAUUCCAUAUUGGAAUUAGCUGAUUAAAAAAAAGGUAAAAAGGGAUUGGGGCACUUUUGAUGUGAUGGUUUUGGAGUGAAAUUAAAAAAUUGACAGAAAGA